ACACAACAAGGAAGACCACCUGGCGACGCACCUAGAAGUCGUAGUAUUUAUCGCCUGUCGCAGUUUUUUGGCCUGAAGAAAGUUUUUCCUUUACUUUCAUGAGAUGAGCAAGAUGUUCGUCGUUAGACUUAUUCUCUUUUUCUGCCUUGCAGUGGCCGUUUUCGGACAGACACCAACAACAGCUCCAACAGCAUCAACCGAAUCUCCAACAACAAAGGAUCCUACACCAACAACAAAGGAUACUGCAGCAACACCAACAACGAAUGAUACUGCAGCAACACCAACAACGAAGGAUACUGCAGCAACACCAACAACGAAUGAUACUGCAGCAACACCAACAACGAAGGAUACUGCAGCAACACCAACAACGAAGGAUACUGCAGCAACACCAACAACGAAGGAUACUGCAGCAACACCAACAACGAAUGAUACUGCAGCAACACCAACAACGAAGGAUCCUGCAGCAACACCAACAACGAAGGAUCCUGCAGCAACACCAACAACGAAGGAUCCUACAGCAACACCAACAACGAAGGAUACUGCAGCAACACCAACAACGAAGGAUCCUUCAGCAACACCAACAACGAAGGAUCCUGCAGCAACACCAACAACGAAGGAUACUGCAGCAACACCAACAACGAAGGAUCCUGCAACAACAACAACACCAAAUCCCUGUGACUCAAACCCAUGCAAUGGCGGUAGCAGCUGUCAGCCAGGCUAUGUAUCCCACUUCACCUGUCUCUGUAUUGCUGGCCAAACAUACUCUGAGGCAAGUGGACUCUGUGAGGAAGCCAAGGUCUUCCCUGGAUCUCUGACCCUGACUAAUUUGCUCUUUAACGAAGAAAUGAACAACUCGGCAUCAAAACAAUUCAACGAGACAGCUGCCACGUUCAUUGAUUUGAUGGAGAAGGUUUUUGAAAAUCACAUCGGCUACAUUGAUUCCACAGUGCUGAAGCUCAGCAGAAUGAGUGAGGGUUCGGCUCGUACCUUCUGGUCACGUGAAUCAGCAGGUGUCAGCGCGACCAUGGAGAACAAUUUUAAACUCAACUCCGUCAUCGACGAAACCAUCAUCAAAGGAAUUAUAGAAAAUGCUAUUCAAGACUGUAAAAAAGGGGGUGCCCAUUGUUUAGAUGAUGUGUUCAUACAUGCGAAAUACAAAGAAGCCAAACAGUGUGAAUCGUCUCGGAAACCUUGUGAGGACACUUCAACUAUUUGUAAUUCUGUGGGUGGUAGACCUAAAUGUGACUGUCGGACCGGUUACGUGAAAACGGAAUACUCUAUCAGAACAUGCAAAGCUUGUGAAAGUGGGAAAGCAGACGGCAAUGUGUGCCAUGAUUGUUCAUUUGGUUAUUCGGGAUUAAACUGCAGUGAAUCAUGGAAGUUGAUACUGGUGAUUGUCGGCACUGUUCUUGGUGCACUGCUACUCGUCACACUAAUCCUGCUGCCAGUAGUUGCACGCAAGACACCCAAGAAGAGCUCCUCCAAGAAGUCCUCUAAGAACGCUGAGGUUCCUACCUACACCAGCCCCUAUCCCGCCAAGGACUUCAGGGCAUCGGCCUUAACCAAUGGGGGGGUGACCAAUGCCAGUUCAGGUUUUGCGGGCGUACCCAAGAUCCCCCGGGCCAUGCCCAACAAUAACAGCAGCUGGGACCGUGGCAGCAACCUGGAGAUGACGGAGAGCGGCAGCAGACAGGCACUGGUGACCAGGGGAGACAAAGGAGGGAUUGGUGGCUACCAGAACCCUGAUGACACAAGGAGCUUCAACACCAGGAACCCCUACCAGAGCAGAGGUCAGGGCAGCAACCCCUACCAGAGCGGAGGUCAGGGCAGCAACCCCUACCAGAGCGGAGGUCAGGGCAGCAACCCCUACCAGAGCGGAGGUCAGGGCAGCAACCCCUACCAGAGCGGAGGUCAGGGCAGCAACCCCUACCAGAGGGGAGGUCAGGGCAGCAACCCCUACCAGAGCGGAAGUCAGGGCAGCAACCCCUACCAGAGCCGACCCCAAGACGACAACCCCUACCAGAGCCAAGGCCAGGACAACCCCUACUUUACACACGACAAUGGAAGAAGAAACUGAAGACCCACUGGAACAGUCAACUAAGGAUACCAUUUUUUUCAGAACGCAAAUGCUUAGAAAUCAGAAAGCAAUAACAAUGGUUUUUG